UUCCUUUUGGUGACAGUUCUUCCAUGUGGUUGAUUGUUUUGGUUUUGUGACAGAUAAAUACGCGAAAACUCCAACUAAAUACAGGUUAUUUAUAUUAACAGCUAAAAACAAACAUUUAAAAUGCCUAAACGUUUCAUAGACAAAAAGAAGGCAGUUACUUUUCAGUUGGUACACAGAAGUCAGCAAGAUCCUCUUGUGGCCGACGAAAAUGCACCACAACGUGUUUUAUUGCCCAUGGAAGGCAAGGAAGCAAUCUCCGAUAAACAGGAAAGGUUGGAGGAACAAGCAAAGUAUGGCAUAUUUUAUGACGACGAUUUCAAUUAUUUGGAACAUUUAAAAGACCCUGAAGAUAACAAAGUUUCAUGGCCUGAUCAUGUAGAAGAAGAAUUAAAGGAAAAAAGGGAAAAAAUCAAGUUACAGUUGCCCUCAUCCGUGUUUGCUUCCGAAGUUGAGGAAAAAGUGGGAAUGUUAAAUAAAGCAGCCCCAGUUUCAGGUCCUCAAUUACACUUGGAUCCUGAUGUGGUAGCCGCCAUGGAUGAAGAUUUCGAUUAUUCCGACCCUGAAAAUGAACUGGAAGAUAACUUUAUAGAAUUAGCACAUGGCUUAGCUUCAGAUCAAGAAUGUGAGGGCGAUGAAGAUUAUGAAUUAGGUUCUGAUUUUGAUGAUGAAGAAAUGGAUGAAGUUGGUUCAUUACCUGGAUCACAGAGAUCAUUUGAUGAUGAAGAAACCAAAUCCAGAUUUACAAGUUAUUCAAUGACAAGUUCAGUUAUUAGAAGAAACGAGCAGCUCACUUUGUUGGAUGGCCGAUUUGAAAAGAUGUACGCAGGCUAUGAUGAAAACGAAAUAGGCGCUCUGGAUUGCGAUGAGAUUGAGGGCCACGUGCCGGGGACGUCCGACAUGCUUCUCCAAUACGCCGAAGAGUUCCGAAAGGCGCAACAGAGGGAGCACCUAGACGAAGAUAAGAAAGAGAUUGUGUCGAAAAUCAAAAAGUUAUUUGAGAAAUCUGACGACGAAGAUGACGAAAAAUUUGUUACCAUUACGGUUUCACAGAAACCCAAAUGGGACUGCCAGAGCAUAUUGAGCACUUAUUCAAAUACUAGAAAUCGACCUAAGCUGAUAGAGGAACCCAAGAAUAACAAAAUAAAAAUCAACAAACGUACAGGCAUUCCCGAAGACGUUAUAGACAGCAAUAAACUUACAACAAAAGCCCUUAACAAAUUAAACGAAGAAUACGACAGUAAUUUUAACAGUAAAGGACCAAAAUCCUAUGGCGGACAGUCAAUAAUUUCUCAACUAUCUGUACUGUCCGUAAGAAAUCCUCACGAAACCCCGGAGGAAAAAAAAGAACGCAAAAAUGCUUUAAAAGAAUACAGGAGGGAAAGAAGAUUGGAGAAGAAAACAAACAAAGAAGCGUUUAGAGAAGAAAACAAAAGGCAAGUAAAAAUCGCCAUUAACAAUAGGAAUAACGUACAAGGUAACAAAAUAUUGUAAAUAUUGUUUUGAAUAAUUGUAAUUAAGUUAAUAAAAUAGAGAUAUGUUAUAA